GGCGGAGUCGGGAGCCGAGCCCGCGGCAGACGCAGCCCCGCCGCGCCAUGGCCGGCCGCCGCCUCCUGGGGCUGCUCCUGGCCCUGUCGGCGCUGCUGGGCGCAGGUCAUGGGGAUGACGCAGAUGACUUCAACCUAGAAGAUGCCCUGUUUGACCUCACCACCAAGCGACCCACUCCCAAGGGCCCCAGAAAGCCUGCAGGUGGAACAGACUUAGAUUUGGCUGAUUUCUUUGACACGCCUCUGGAGACUACCACCAAACCAGCCAAGCCGACUUCGAAGCCCUACCCCAGGCCAGGGAAUCCAGACAACAGCUUUUGGGACGUCAUCCGCACCACCACAACCAAGCAGCCAAAAACUACGAGAGCCCCUCCUAAGCGUAAUCCAGAAAAGGACCCUAUGGAUUUUGACUUGGCUGAUGCCUUGGAUGAUAAGAACGAUCCCAAGAAAGAUCCCGGGAGGCCGGAUCAAAGGCCAGGUGACGGGAUUUCGGAUGAUGACCUGUUCAGCAUCGUGGACGGCGGAUACAGCCCGGACAAGAAGAAGGGUGCCGAGGGCAACACCGACGACAGCUACAGUGGAGUGGCGGAGACGGGAACUAUCGCCGGCAUCGCCAGCGGCCUGGCCAUGGCGCUCAUCGGGGCCGUCUCCAGCUACAUCUCCUACCAGCAGAAGAAGUUCUGCUUCAGCAUCCAGCAGGGACUUAACGCGGAGUAUGUGAAAGGAGAAAACAUGGAAGCUGUUGUGAGCGAGGAGCCCCAAGUUAAAUAUUCAGUCCUGGAAACGCAGUCAGCAGAACCACCAAAACAAGACAGUGCGAAGAUAUAAAGCGUGACCCAGAGCUAGAACAUACUCUGCAGCAAUGGAGAUCUUAACUGCUUGUAAUUUAGCUUUUUAUUUAAUUUGACUCCAAAGCUAUUUAAUGUGUACUUAGGCUUGAACUGGCUUCUUAUUGCUCUAGGCUUUAGGGUUAGACUGGUAGCAUGUGUUUACUUUUUGUAAAGAGGUUUAUGUUUACAUCGAAGUAAUAUUGUAGGAUUGGUGUGCAGCUGUAUGGAAACCCACAGAAGGUACUUCAGCCGUGGUCAAUGAGGAGCUUACAGGUAUGAGGACAGUGAAGUGCCUGUAAAUAGCAAUCCAAAGCCAAACCAUGCAAAGCCCUCUGCAAAGCACCUCCAGCCAACUUCUGCCAUCAGCUCUGGGCACAUCACUUCCAACGGCGGGGUUGAAAGCUGCACAUUUCCUGAGGGUGGACUGCAGUCCUUAGUGUAGCUACACCUAAAAAUGAAGUGCCUAUGGUAGGUCCUCAUGUGGGGCCUCGGGCUGAGCCCUGCUCCGAAGUCAGGAGUUCAGGAUGCUUCACCACCACCACACAGUGCUGGGCUUCUCAACCAAAUCAGAGGACCUGCUUUUCAUGCCAAGUCACAAAUACAGGUAAAAGCAGCGUGUGCAGUGUUCACUUUUAGCACAUGCCAUUUGAAUGCUCUGCUGUGCUACAGAUCAGAACGGAGCAGAAAUGAUACAGUUUGUGACAUGAGAUACCUUCAGUUGUCACCGCAAUGAAAGCUGUGUGUGUUUGGAUGCUUUCAAGGACAGGUUCAGAUCUCAGUCACACUAGAACAAAUGACAGAUUUAACCGAAAAGAAAAUAAACAAAGGAGGUAUCUGUUAAGACCUGUAACGCUCAGUACCAGAACAGAAGCCAGGCUUAAAAAGAUGCAGUCCCCCCCUUCUCCUUUUAUCAGCAACUAUUGAGAGUGCUCCCAGACACCCAGAGGCAGAAAAAGGAUUUAAGCUUCACCCUUUGUGUCACUGACUAACCUUUAAAAAAAGGCAGAAUCUCCUGAGGACAGGUCCUCCAUCACUGUCCUGCUUGUCUGGGAAGCACUGGGCUGUGCUCAGCAGGACACUGGGCUGCCCCAGGACACAGUGCACACACAGCCCUCUGCGGCGCUGCCAAACGGCUGCCGGGCCCGACCUUCACUAGCUUGCAAGAAUUUCUGUUUAGAUUUCUAAUCUCUUCCCAACCCUUUUUUAUUGUUGCUAAAAUGUGGAUACUGCCACUUUCCAAGACAUUUGUCCAAAUCAAUGAUUACUUAAAAAGCAUGCUCUCAAGUGAAUGAAAUUUCACUUUACAUAGUGUAAGAGGUACUCAUUUAUAUGUAAACUUAAAAUGUGAGCAUUUUGUAUUGGUUUGCAAACCCCAUAUUUUGUGAAUACGUAUUAAAAAAAAAAACCUUUUUAGUUUGAUGUACAAAUUCACAGCUUUCAGGUAGACAUGGCUUCCAGAAGGCCUUGCCAGGAGGGGAAUCAGCCCAGGAGUAUCGCUGCCUAACAGUUCCAUUUGGAAGGAAAUUGCCUAGUAACUUGGUUAAGUAUUUUGCAAUAGCUGCACAAUUCUUUAUGCUCUUUUUAACACUUGCAUUUUUAAAGCCUUAUACUAGCUCUAGCAGAACAGCUACAGUGGUUUAUAAGGUGCCUCGUGACUAUUCAGAACACUUAGGCUAAAACAAUACUACUCCGAACUACUGCUGCUUUGUUUUAUGGAUGUGUUUGGAAUAGGAAAGAAAAAUAUUUAAUUAUUGGCUGCUCACAUAACAGAAGCAGAAGAAACAGAGAUGGGAUGCACUCUGUGCUUACUCCCAGAGAAGGGUUUUCAUGGAGGAAGUGUGGUCUGCAGGAUGUGGAUCAUCACGUGCAGGCGCUCUGAUGCCAGCCCAGCUGAGUUUGUGAAUCUCCAGUCCCAAGCACCAGCACCUGUUUUUUGUUCUUACCCAAACACAUCUGAAAGCUGUAGCAUGAAAUGUGUUUUCUGGAAGUUAUUGUAGAUGAAGUGUUACAGCAUGGCAUUGAUGAUCACUAGAAGCCGCUUUCCCAGCUUAGAUCCAGUGACCACUAUUCCGUUCUUCCCUUUGCCCAUGUCCGUGUUCCUGUAGAUGCAGGUCAGGGGUUUUCCCCUGCUCUCCCUGUUUGACCAGAGGAGAGUGCAACAGAGUCCAGUGUGGCUCAAAGAACACAGCCCCUACCGCUCCUUUGGGAAUCUCUUACAUCAGGACAUAGAGGAAACAUGAGUCUAAUUCAAAAUUCUGCAGUUCUGCAGUUUAAAAUAAAAAAAAAAAGGCAGCAAGGGGUUUAACUGAAAAACCCAACCCAGUUUUUGGGACUCAGAAGUUGCUCCUAUGCCCAAGGCUUUUCUCUGACUUUGGUGUAAUGUCUGGGUAUGUGGAAAUCCACAAAUGCACAGUGAAAAGAGAACACUCGCAAAAUUUACAGUAACGGGAUUCAAGAUCUCUUUCUCUAGGAUUUCAAAUAGGAAAAUAUUGGCAAAUGCUGCAGUAAGGAAAUUAAACUUGGUCUCUUCAAGUCUGGACAAAAGUCAAAGUCUUAGUGUGAAAUGUCAGCAAAGGCUCAAAUUGUUGCUGUCCCCUUCUCCAUCUGAACUGCCAGACCAGUCUCUGAGAAACAGGGAUUUUAUACAUCAUCCAUAUUUUAGGCAUUAUAGCAACUGAGAGGCUUCCUGUGUAUUUCCCUAGUAGUGAUCUGAGUUCUGGAACAGCUGACCCAGCACUGACUUCUAGUUUCAUUUAAUUAAUAUUCUCUUUAAAUCUGAAUAUGGAAUUUUUAAAAAUCCUGCAUUUAAGUUCUGUAUAUAUGGUAUGAACCUUAUAAAGAAAGGCCACAAACCACUGGAAAACUGGAUUUUUUUCAUGAGUCCAAAACCUAUAUAUAUAUAUACAGAUGUCCUGAGAGUUUCUGUACUACCUGUGCUUUUUAAAUGACCUCUCUUCAGCUUAACUAAAGCUAUUUUUAAUGGCAAUAAAAUGAUUCAGAAAAGGUUUGUCAAUGACGGAGAAAAGAGAGAACUGAAAGAAUUCAGCUGGCUCUUUUUCUGUUGUUUAUUCUCUCAAUUACUUGCAUUUUCCUUUGGCAGUACUGUAGUACUUUCUUUGUUUUAGAUUCCUCAGUUGAGAAUACUCUGACAUGAAUUUCAGAUUUUUGGCACUAUAAACUCAACCCCACUAACUAAUCCUUACAAGUGCUCUAUUGUCAUCCUUAACUACUCAUUUGUUGUGAUAAAAGUGGAAUUAGUCCACAAUACCAUUUCAGAUUCUGAAAAAAUAGGAUGAGUCGACAGGCUGAGGCUUUAAAAAUUGCUUCUGCAACAGACGAGGUUCAGGAACAAAGGAAGUUCAGAAACAACGGGAUUGUGAAAUUAGAGAAUUCUUUUCUUUUGACUGAAGUUCUCACUUAAAGGAAGGCAGAUUGUUUGCUGCUGCAGAAGCAACCUGUUCCAAAUAGAGGUUGAAUGUUACGUUCUAAGAAAAAAUGAUUCCUUUUGUUAAUGUGUAUGUAAGGGAUAUGGGGGGAAAAUCAGAAUUUGACUACCUUUGGAAAACACCAAAUAAACCAAGUUGACUAGUAAGACA